GAUGAAGAAGCAGGAGGUCACUCGAAUUCUAUUGUCGUCUUCAGACACCUCUGAACCACGCGACGAAUCGCAAAUGGAAAAGAAGGAGGUGUUCAGUAGACUGCUGUCCUUGUUGGAACAUGUUCGUCCAACGUUGCCGGGCGCAAACGCUGCCACGCUCCACGUCUUGGUAGAAAUCACUCAACGCGACGCGUCUUGCGGAAGUCUCCGCGCUAAGGAAAAAUUGACGAAAGCUGCAUGAUCGUUGACCAAAAAUCUUCAUACAGCUACUGCAAGGUAUUGCGACCACGCAGAGAGACAUGUCGACAUCCGAGGAUGCUUUCUCCUUCCACAGGAUAGAGGAGGCCAUGGCCCGUUUGAACGCAACAAUCAGCAGCUACAAAAAUGAAAAGAAUGGCAAGAUGAAUGGUCAUCAUCGAUCCGAAUCUGAUGAUCUUCCUUAUGCACCACGCUCUACCCUCUUCUCGAGAGAAUGGGACUUGACGACGGACGAACACUACCCUUCGAUCACGAAUCCGGAGCUCAGGAAACGAUUGAACGCUCUCGCUGAGCUCUGCAGCUUCCUGCCCGAACACCCCUACAACAUCGACCUGUAUCUGCGUAUCGCAAAGGCCUAUGUCGAGGUCGGAUACCCUGACCUUGCUAUUGGCUCAGCGUACAAAGCUCUGUUGCUCAUUGACGCCAUCAACAACGAGGACGAGUUUUGUGAUGAGGCCAUUGAGUCGUUGGCAUUGAGCAUCUCGAAAGAGUCUUUGGAGUACAGACACCAGAACAUUCUCGAGAAUGCGGAGAUCCUGGCCCAUCUGUACCCCGAAUUCAUGUUGAGAAACAAGGAUCAGCUCGUAGACGUCGAUGUAUCAGAUGUCGAAGUGUUGGUUUGGACCAAAGGACUUUUCUCUUUCCAAGUUUAUGCACUGCUUGCCCAAUGUCUUCAUGUGAUUGGAUGUCAGAGGAGCGCAGCCGAGUACUGCUUCAAGGCCCAGGAUCUCUUCGGAGAAGACCCUACUAUCGAAGCAACUUUGGACGUGAUCCAUGCCGCUAUUGACGAUUGGCUCCGCGAAACACAGCCCAACGAAUACAACAAGCCGGGCUUCAAGUUCGGGCUCGACCAGUUCCCCGAUGAAGGCAUGGUUCGCAGAGAAUGCUAUCCCUGGAACGAACACGAGCCCGAUCGCUGCUCUGCCGAGAGUCUGGAUUUCCUGAACGCGGAGAUGGAGAAGGUCGCACCCAGACUUGAAGUCAGAGCUACGAAGCUGCCUCUCUUGACGGAAGGCGAUGGUGUAGACAAGUUUGUCACACAACUCGGUGUGUUUGCAAAGGAAGACAUCGCUGCUGGAGAAGUCGCUCUGUCCGAAACUUCGCUCCUCACCGCGAACAACCGUCUUCAGGAUGCGCUAUGCGAUGCGUGCAGUGCCGACCUUCCUGAGCUUAGUGAGCCAGCUGCUGCGGAUGUUGUACAAUGUCCUGACUGCGAGGUCGUCUUUUGCAGCCAAAGAUGCAGUGAUCUUGCUGAGGAAGAAUAUCAUCCUGCCGUAUGCGAUCGCGGUGUCGAAGAUGUAGCAAAAGACGUCCCGCCUGCCGAAGCUGCUAAUGCCUUGUACUCUUUGUUGUUGCUCAGAUCAUUGGCCAUGGCAGAGACCCAGGAGGUUCACCCUCUGGAUAUCAAGUAUGUCAAGUUCAUCUGGGGUGACUACCACACGUUUGACUUGUCGGAGCACUGGCGCCCACACGAUCGUCACAGCGUCGACUCACCUUUCCCACGCACACUGCCUUUCAGCUUCCAGGCAAAUGUCGUACUCCCAUUCAACAUGCUCGAGAAGAUGGAUGUCGACAUCUUCAAAAACCCUCAGUACGACGUCUGGGUUUUCAACACCCUCUACGCCAAAUUCCGCGGCACUGCAUCCGCUCGUCUGAGCGGCUCAGGUGGUGGCGUCGCUCGUGGUCCUGAGGUCAGCGCCGUACACCCUAUGUGGUGUCUUGCAAACCACAGCUGUAAUCCCAACGUCACCUGGCGCUGGGCAAGCGACGUCCGCUUCCGUGUGCUGGAAGAUAGACCGACCUGGCACGGAAGCGAGUUCCGCGGCGGCAUCAAGUACAAAGCCGGACUCAAGAAAGAUGAAGAGGUCCUCAGCCACUAUUGUGAUAUCGACCUUCCAGUCAAGGAUCGCCGUGAGUGGGCUGCCGGCGCUCUCGGAGGCAAUUGUUGUUGUGAACGAUGUCUCUGGGAAGCUUGCUUUGAGGAUAUGAAACAAAUCAACCGCGAGGCUGACAAGGUCCGUGGAUGAUCAUUGCUACACAGAAGAAACAUAUUUACUCAUUAAUGUAUUCAUCGGGACAACGUAAUUGCAUUUUCCUCUCCUGGUCGUCAGGACUUCAGUAUGUGUGUGCCAAUUUGAAAUCA